CGCGACCACACCUGUCUGACCAUCGCACUUGAGAAGCACAAGUGUACAAACCUCAAUGACGAAACAAACACUAGCUGUGUGGUGGAAAAUCACCCGCGGGAUCAGUGAGUUCACAUAACAUUACCACUGACCUAGCUGGCCAACAACAGCUUAUAUAACGGCCUCGGAUGACUGUUUGCUUCACACUUCAGAAAACGCCGUGCCAGUACCCAGCUCUUACAACGACCGUUACAUUGCAUGAUAUUUUAUCAUCUCUUCUACACCGUAAUCAUUGCAAUCCACGCCGUCCAUUGAAUGUAAGUUAGUAAUUGAAGAAUAUUUUUCAUCGUGCGUAUGGUUAAGUAGACAGUUAAUUUCCUGCAAAGAAAAGUUUCAAGUGUAUGUGCAGUGCAUAUGUUGAAAUGACUAACAAAUACAAUGUCUAUGUAUUAGAUAUGUUCUUUUGCAGUCAUUGGAGUCAUCAAGGGAGACAAUGAUCUCGUGUCCAAAGAAAGUGUUGGCGGUGCUCUUCGUCGGAGUGCUGACGUCAGUGACCCUGGGUCAGGUGCCACAUGUUGGGAAGUGUCCGGUGGUCGAGACCCAGGCAACAUUGAACGUAACACAGGUAUUUCGGGGUGUAGGUGUAAACACGGGUAUGUCGGGGUGUAGGUGUUAACAAAGGUGUGUUGGGAUGAAAGUGUAAACACAGGUAUGUUGUGAUGAAGGUGCAAACACAGUUAUGUUGGGAUGAGGUUGUAGACACAGGUAUAUGAGCCUAGGAUAUAAUAUGAACAUAGGUAUGUCAGGAUAGAGGUAUAAACAUAGGUAUGUCAGGAUAGAGGUAUAAACAUAGGUAUCUCAGGAUAGAGGUAUAAACAUAGGUAUGUCAGGAUAGAGGUAUAAACAUAGGUAUGUCAGGAUAGAGGUAUUAACAUAGGUAUCCUGAGAUUGCCUUGUGCACUGAUCAUUUACUUGUGUCAUUCAUUAUUGCCUUCCAGUACCUAGGCAAGUGGUAUGAGAUCCAGAGAUUUCCAGCCAUCUUCGAGAAAGGCAGCUGCGUCAGGGCCGAGUACUCUCUGAAAGCAAACGGUCGUGUCAAGGUAGACAACCGAUACAUCGAGUGAGUAAUUGGGAUCAAAUAUUUCAGGUUGACAUUCUAAUAUUAAUGUAGGCUAAUCGAUCAACGAUAGUACGUGCAUUGAAUGUGUUGGGCCGGAACUUCAUUAUUCACUUACAAAGUUACUAAUAUUUUUUUUUUCAAGAUAUGUGUGCUAUUUUAUUAUUCAGUUACAAAGUUACUAAUAUUUUUUUUCAAGAUAUGUAUGAUAUUUUAUUAUUCAGUUACAAAGUUACUAAUGUUUUUUUUUUCAAAAUAUGUAUGAUAUUUUAUUAUCUCUUCUAUACCGUAAUCAUUUUCAAAAAAAAAAAAUUCAAUGUUCAUAUCUUAAUUGGUUAAUCAAACAACUACUUACAAAAACUGACUCGGUCAUGCGAAUAAACUACAACAAAGAGGAUUUCUUAUCAGCUUUGAAAAUGGAGCAGAGACUAAAAAAGGAGAAGAAGAAGACCUAAGAGUUUUUGAAAACAUCAAUAUAAUAUAAUGUUGAUAGAAAGAACCCUUCCUCGUGCGAUUAAAUUUGUUUCCACGUGCAUUAAAACAAAACAUAUUUAAAAUCUUUAAGCACGUGUCAUGCUGUAUGUUGUGUCCUCCCACCACACCACCCAACCCCUCCCCCCAAAAAAAAAAACAAAAAAACCUCUAUUUUGUGACCUAGAUAACUUGACUUCUGGUCGCUGUAUGAUGCUAAACAUAUCGCCCAUUAUUCAUCUGGGUCAAAGGUUGACAAUCUAUGUCGGUAACAAAAUGAUCACUUGUAUCUGCAGAAAAUGUAAGACAAUGAUUUCGCUUUGCUUCGUUGAUGGUGGUCCAUGUUCUCAACAUUAACUCUUAGAUCAUCAACCUAUUAUCCUCUUACUUCAUACAUAUAGCCACCCCUCUUUAAUGGCUGUCGCACCUUAGGGCAUUCACCUCCACACCCAUCAACACAACUCUUGCAGACGCCCAUCCAACACUUGCUUCUAUCUCCAGAAGUGGCUAUGAGACACACGCCCUAGGUGAGGCCUGGGUUCCUGACCCCAAGUAUCCCGCCGUCUUAAAUGUACAGUUUAAUCAAGGUCAGUUCUGAUACACAGAUAAGGUAGCCCCGAAUGUAGACCACUGAUAACCAGAUGGCAUUUAUUUACCCCCCCACAGAAGUUCUCAAAUUGUUAUUCAAAAUGUGUCUGGUAGCAACCAAUGAAGCUAACUACGAAUACAUCAUUUAAAGGUCUUUUGGGUGAGAUGUUUAUCUGAAUAAGAGUUGGACAAAUGUUAACUUUAUUUUAAAGGAAAUUAUUUUUGUUAAUUUAGGAAGGGCAUGUUUAAAAGAAUGAUAUUUAAAAUUUUAAAUAAUCGUGUAGUUCAAUCGCUCACUACUUCCUUGGAGUAGUUAAAGUGUAGUUCAAUCGCUCACUACUUCCUUGGAGUAGUUAAAGUUAAACAUAUGGUUUAGGUGCCUUCUCUUUGGCUUGGUCGAAAUUAAAAAAAAUGUAUUGUACCCUAAAAUUCAAUAUCACAAUAAUUCCUUUAACAGGACUUGUUAAUCGCUAAAUACUAUUUAAAGUAGCCGUCAAAGUAAAGGAAUACCAUGUAUUAUUCCAUGGUCCUGGUCCCACUGUGUCUUGUUUCCCUCUACAUAUUUACCUAGCUAAAGUUAUUGACAGUGGUUGUUUCCCUUGUGUAGACCAGUUUCCUCUCGAGAUUUAAAAAAAAAAACAUAAUGAAAACUUCAUAGUGCUGUAAGAAGAUUGAUGCUGAUUAUAUGAAUGUCUUUUUCCGCCUUUUUCUGCAAACAGCUAUACCGCCUGCCCAGUACAAGGUCAUAGAGACGGACUACGAGUCCUACAGCCUGGUGUUCUCGUGUGAAGAUGUGGCUGGAAUCAUAGACUUCCAGUUCGCCUGGAUUUUGUCCAGAAAACUGACCCUCCCUGACGACCUGGUCACUCGCUUAAAACAGAAGCUGCAGUCCUACCAGGUCGACGUUACGGCAUUUAUAGUCUCAGACCAGACCAACUGCCCAAUGUAAGGACAGGUGGAAUGUAUAGUCACAGACCAGACCAACUGCCCAAUGUAAAGACAGGUGGCAUUUCUUUCGUAAAAUGUAACGUGACAAUUGAGAUUAAUAGAUUAAUAUAAAUAUAAUUGAAGACUUUCGAACUUCGCUUGUAUCAACGACAAUAUUGUUUAUACCAAUUUCUAAAAUAUUUCAUUCAACGUUCACUUUAUUUACUACAAUACAAAAUCAUUGCUUGGAACCAACUGGGCAAUGCCGCCGUGGACUCGACAUCAAUCGAGAGUUUCAAGGCUGAACCGCUGGGAGCCGUUAGGAUGGCCGCAUCGUUUUCCAAACCGUUGCACAUAUGCUAGUGCAUGGAUGCAGCAACGUAGACUAUCAGAGUCAGAAUCUCGUUGAAUAAACAUUUGCUUCAUUUUUCAACGACAUUAUUGACUUCUUUUUUUAAAAAAUUCAUUAUGGGUUUGAUAUCAUAGCACCCUUUAAACUCAUCCAUUUGUUUAAACUCAUCCAUUUAUGUUUGAUAUCAUACCGCACAUUAAACUCAUCCAUUUAUGUUUGAUAUUAUAGCACCCCUUAAACUCAUCCCUUUAAUUAACCCCAUCAAAUUAUGCUGAACUAUUUCUCUUUGUUUCGUGUACUUACUGGAAAUAAAAGCUGUUCCAAUAAAUAUACGUGUCAAUUGCUUUUUUUAUUAUUUGAAACCAUUUAAACUACUAACUUCAGACCCGCUGAUAACAUUCCUUUUCAAAUUCCCGUCUAAAAAAUCUGCAAUCAUUAUUUACUUAUAUAUAUAAGAAUAAAUGACCCGAUGUUAUCGGGGUAAUAAUGGUAGGUCCUUUGCGAUAAUUUUUUAACUGCUAUUGAAAAAACUCAUUACAAUUCAUAACUUUUUAAAUGUAAUAAUAUUUACGUUUCUGACAUCAUUAAGUUUUGAGAAGUGCUUAUCUGCUAUAUAUUAUACGCCUAUCCUACACCCUUUCACGCUCCUAAACUACUUUUCCCCCUCUAAACAUGACCUUAAAUUACCCAGUCUAAAUUAUCACUAAUUAUAUCACUUUUGUCAAUAAAGAAAUUAAUUGAAUGACAAUUACUGCGCUAGAGAAAUACUUUAGAUUUACCCCUUUUCGUGCCCUUUAAUUAAAACUUUUUUCUCUCAAAAUUUUUUAAAAACCUAAUCUUAAAUUUACACAAAAAAAACUUCAUAUAUGAUAUAAAUAUAUUUUGUAUUACAGGAUAUCGAUGUAUAUUGAUAUCUUCAUGAGAAAUGUACACAUGUUUAUGCCUUUUUUUAAAAAUUAUACAUUAUCAGAAAAUCGUACAACAAAGAAUUUUUUAUCUAAGAAGAAUCUCGCAACUGUUUUUCAGGCCUGUAUCAGAUUUGACUGUCUUUUUUAAAAAUUUAAUUGUUAAACUCAUAAAAAUACUCACCUCUUUACUUUUUGCAAAGUAACAAAAAAAAUAUAUUUUAAUUUGAAAAAAAAAAAGAAAAUAUUAACCCAUCGUCAUUUGUCAAAAUUUUAUUUU